AUGGUAUCCGUUCCAUUCCGGGUUCACGCCAAAAAGCCGAAUCCAUCCACGACAAAGAAAUAUGGCCAAUCUAAUGGAGGGACAAAUAUCAAGCUACGAACGAAUCGCAGAGUUACCCGGCAUGCAUUUCUCCGAGCUCUUCUGUUAUUGUUGCUAGUCACGAUAUUCGCAAGAAGACCUCACUUUUCUCCCCUCGUGAAAUACGAGGGAAAGCAAUCAUGUGUUCUCAAAACGUUCCAAUCUACCUCGAACCGAAUACCUGCACCAGAAAACUACAGAAACCCCGGCAUCUCCAAGGACCCUCGAUUCCGAGAGAAUGCCCCAGCUAUACCCAGGAUAUACCGGCCUUACCCCGUCUACAACUGCAAAGAAUGGAAUGAGUUACACUCGGUGCCGUUUAGCCCAUUCGAAGGCCCUCGAGGGAGUCUGCUGAAUGAGAGUCUGGAUGACCAAGUUGGGGCUUACGUGGGGAUUCGACAAGAUCAUCCAGCAGCUAUGCUCGGCUCCUACGACGCUGUUGGACUCGAUGGCGCACUAUCCUUUGAUCGUUACACUAGAUACGGCGCCUACGGCUUUGGAGAAAACGAGACAUCGGACACAAACUGGAUGAAGCCAACAACAGUGGACUGGGAUCAGGUCAACUGGGGACAAUUACAGGACCGAUAUUAUGAACGCAACGCCGGCCGGUUCAGUCAAGUCUGGAAGGCUGCUUUCGAUAGUGACUCUGAGCCCCAUACUGCGGUUCUUAUUCGGACCUAUACGGGGAGAAACUAUACUAAAAAUGAUGUCCAUGUCAUUCGAUCCAUCGUCACAGAGUUAUCUCUCCAAUCAGGAGGAGAGUACAAAGUCAUUCUGUUCUUGCAUGUCAGGAAUUCGAACAUACCUAUUGAACAACAGGACGUUUCCCCACAAGCGGCCUCCUACUGUCCUGAUCUUGACAGGAGUGUUACCGAUGUUCACCACUCCCAAUGGCUUUCCGUCCAGAGAUUUGCCCUCAAUCAUCCCGAGUUCGACUUCAUCUGGAACUGGGAGAUCGACACACGAUUCUCCGGACAUCACUACGAACUCAUCGACCGGACAGCCCAGUUCGCACGCCAACAGCCACGACGCGGCCUCUGGGAACGAAAUGCCCGCUUCUACAUCCCAGAAGUCCAUGGCGACCACGCAAUAUCCUUCCAAGCCUACGUUCAAGACCACGAAGACGAAGCAGUAUGGGGCCCCGCACCCUUUGAUCUCCGAGAGCCAUUCCAACCAUUCGGUUCAGCUCCACUAACGCAGCAUGCACACGAAGACAAUUACGACUGGGAAGUCGGGGAAGAUGCCGACCUCAUCACCUUCCUCCCCAUUUUCCACCCAAUCGGCACCAAAUGGGUCACUCGCAACGAAGUAUGGGGGUAUCCAACGAAUACUCCCCGAAGGGCCUCACUAAUCACCCACUAUCGCCUUUCCCGUGCCUUGCUUUUAGCCAUGCAUGAGGAAAACCUUGCCGGACGGCACAUGGGCUCGGAACUAUUCCCCGCAUCAACGGCUCUACUUCAUGGACUUAAGGCAGUGUCGGUCCCACAUCCUAUCUAUUCGGACAUAGAUCUGCCGGCUAGAACUGUAGAUCGCUGGUUCAAUUCCGGGGUCAAUGGUCGGAGUGGAAGCACUGCGGAUAGUCCGUUCUCGGCGGGUCGGGAGAUUCGUUUUCGAGAUGUUUCGUGGUCAUGUCGAGCGAAUCUGCCCAGUCGGCUAUAUUGGACAUUUUUGGGAUGGGAUAGGGAUGGAAUUGGGGACGUAUCGCCGGAUAGUGAUAGCGCUGAGUGUAUAUCUGAUGCGGAGCUCAGCGUUGAAGCUACUAUUAAUUUGGUUUAA